ACUAAUGCUGUUUCUGACAUUUCGUCCGGCAGUGCCUUUACUGUUAAAGUAUCCAUAAAGAAGUUACAUUCUUAAAAGAAGGAGCUGUGACGUAGAAGAAAUGUUCCGAGUGCUGAUCAGCGGUCCUGCUGGAAGCGGGAAACGUACGGUUGCAAAGAUGCUGCUGAAGGAGUUUGAUGAGUUUAAUCAUUUUUCUGCUGGAGAUUUUAUCAGAGACCACAUUAGAAGAGAAACAGAUUUUGGCAAAAGAGCAGCAUCAUUUGUACGAAAAGGAGAACUUAUUCCUGAUAGCAUAAUGAAUGGACUACUGCUCAAUGAAAUAAAGAAUGGGGGGAACAAAUUGAUUCUAGAUGGUUAUCCUCGUACACUGGCACAAGUGAAACUAGUUGAAGAUAUUGCUCCUAUGAAUCUUGUUGCGGAAUUAAAGGUACCAAAGAAGGUGCUCAUUGAUCGAUUAUCAAAGCAGUUAGUUCAUUCAGCUUCGGGACGAGCUUACAAUCUUGAUUACAAUCCUCCUAAGGAAGAGGGAAAAGACGAUGUGACUGGAGAACCAUUGGAAAAGCGCGAGGACGAUGUAGCAGAAGUAGUUCGCAGACGAAUAGAAGUUCAUGAUAAGACUGAAAGCAAAGUUGUUGACUAUUACAGGACAAAAGGAAUUCUUAUGACAUUGAGCGGAGAAAGUUCCGAAGUCGUGUUCCAAGCAAUCUCAGACGCUAUGAAAGAACUGAUGAAUAAACAAGCACUGUAACUGAUGACAAGUUUUUUCUUCGAAUGGAUGAUUGAAGUGCCAUUCUUCAUGCUAAAGGUCUCAUCUCAGUCUCGUUGUAAAUUCUCGUGCAUGUCUUUGAAUCCUAAUGGUAUGAUCUUCUAACCAGUUUCCAGUAUGUUAGGAUUUACAAUACCAGUGAAAGCUAGACAUUUAUAUGACAUAUGGGUAAUCUCAUGUAGUUGUCAGAGUUACUUUACUCUUCGUUUUUGUCGUUGUAUAUGGUUUUGUUUUCGAGUUUUAUUUGUUCAAGAAGUAUCAUGUAAAAGUUUUGAUAAGAUUCUCAUCUAACUUCUUAAUUUUGUUCCGAAAUUCUAAUCUCUUGCUAGGUUAGAAGUUCUUUACUUUCCCUACCUUAAAGGCACCGUCCACCCAAACUGGGGUUGGUGAGAUUAUGAUACCUAGCAGCUGUGGGGCCCCUAACUGUAUGAUUGACC